UCGGCUAACGUAUUAAGGGGAAGCAACCCGUAGUAUAAACACGCUGCAAAUUAUUCAUACAGUGAGUUUAAUUAAUCGGUCGUGACAUGUUAUGUGUUUUCUACCUUGACCGUGCAAGUUUGUGAAAUAUUGGACUAAACACAAAGAUAUACAAAAGGUGCAAGUUUGACAGAUUAAACCGUCGCACUUACCGCGGGACGCCAUGUUGACCCUCUAGGGCGCAUUCUUCCACCCAUAGCAUCCCCACCUAGGCAACGCAGCUGACUGUCGAGAACGGCUAACACUGGCGUUACGGGUCUGGCAAGGUAUUGUGGACUGAGAUAUUGGAGACGAAACCAUGACAUGGGGCGCCUUCGCGUGUACCUGCUAGAAGACUGUGCACUGUAGUCAGAUUGGCGUGGCUUUUGUGGCUCUGUAUUUCCAUAACGGGCAACAUUUUUAAUCAUAUAAACGUUGCCGACAACAAAGAAAGACACAUCAACAGGAUUACCUUAUAAUAUACCCGAGUAUCAUCAUACGGAACCACCGACUAUCAUAAUGCGGAAGCCGAUUGCCAAGGUCGCCUUUGUAUUGAGUCUGACUGCCCUGGGAUGCGUUCUAGUAGGUCAGGCGACGGACUACUGGCUGUCCAAGUUGAGUUUCCACCAGGGUCUGUGGCGCUACUGCCGAUACCUGAUACACACGGACGGACAGUGGGAAUGCAUGAGCAUGGACAAACGGGCGGACUAUGAGUCGUGGAUCUUGGCAAUCAGAAUCCUGGAAAUCAUUUCUGCGAUUUCCCUGAUAGGAUGUCUGGUAGUGCUGUUCCUAUACUGUAGACAAGAGGACACCGAUUCACGAACUAUCCACAUAGUCAUAGCACUAGUAGGCACUUUGUUGGCAGGUGCCACAUGCCUUGCGGGAGUUACAAUUUACGCGAUAAAGAAGAACCAGCUUCACUUUGACGGUCACCAUCGCAACCGCACGCUCUACCAGUUCGACUGGUCCUUUGCCCUCACUUGCGGAGGCGGGGCUAUGGCGCUGGUCUGCGCCAUGUUCAUGGCGUGCGAGUUACGAAAGGGUCUUGCGGUCAACAGAUAUAGCGGAUAUCAAAGCAUACCUGACUCCGUUGGAACAUAAAUCCUCCCCUCCAUCCCGUCUCGCAUGUGUGAGUGAUCAACAUGCUGAUAGAUAACAAGAACUGGAUGCGUCUAUUUGAAUUGGUGCUACGUGAUAUUAGAGCGACGAGUUGUAUAAUACACAUUCGUACCAGUUACAAUUGUUUACUGAUUAUGGUCGAAACCAGCGAAGUUGAUGAUAAUCACUGAAGAGCAUCAAUUCAAAAGAGAACCAUUUUUUUGUUUGGUUCUAUUUGAUUUUGAUACGCACAUGAUAUGUGCGUGGUCAUAUGAACACCUGAAAGAUCAACCGUCAAUUACAUAUAAGGAGGGAAUGUGAUUUGCUUUCGUGGGAUGAGUGAUUUCACAAGAGACUUUGGACAAACUUUUGACUGAUGCGUAUGCUUUAUAUUCUUUAAUUAGUUAAUUUGUAAUUUGCUGUGAUUUUAUAGGAUAUCACAAUGAUAUAAAUUGUACCACAUAAGAUUUGAAACUAACGCGUGACUUAUUUAUAUUGAUGCAUAUAGAGAGUUGUGCUUUGAAAUGUGAUUUGUCAUAUAUUCAUUUUCUCAUUUAAAUUUACACGCGUUUCAUUUACAUUUUAAAUGUGUAAAUGGCCGAAACCAUCAUAGUAUAGCAUGCAUCAAACGAUAACACAUACCUUCUUGUGAAGAACAGUGAAGUUGAUGAAAAUCCACUGAAUCGCACAUAUUGCAUUGGAUAUUGGAGUAACUUAUCAGGAACACUAAGUUUGUGAACGGGUUACUAUAGCAAAAAGCUGAAGUGAUAUUGAACUGUAGUCCCACUGAAGUUUUAAGUCUAUUUGAUAGUGGUUGAAACCUUUUCAUUUGGUUUAUUCAACAUCAAUGCUCAUCACGUUACACUGUUAUCCUUUGUAUAAGAGAAAUAUAUUAUGCUUAUAAUCA